AUGGAAAGAUUACAACUUCACGUCUGCGUCGUCGGUGCAGGUCUGGGUGGUCUCGCGGCUGCCAUCGGUAUCACCAGAGCAGGCCACAAAGUCACACUUCUAGAACAAGCACCUCAGUUGGGUGAGGUUGGCGCCGGCAUCCAAAUCCCCCCCAACACGACCAAGAUCCUGGCCAGCUGGGGAAUUCUACCCGCCAUCGAAAAGGUGUCGGUCCGACCCAACAACGUGGUGAUGAGGUCUUACCGAGACGGCCAGAUCUUAUCCUCUCAACCUUUGAUCCCCUUGUGCGAGGACGUCUAUGGGUACCCUUACCUUCACAUCCACCGUGCCGACUACCACAAGAUCCUCGUCGAGGAGGCGACGAGGUUGGGCGUGGACAUCCGGCUGGACAGUUGCGUCACGGGCGUCGAUUUCGAACGACCUGCCGUGCACAUCAAGAACCGACCGGACCGACCCUUUGAGUGCGAUUUGGUCAUCGGGGCCGACGGUCUCAAAAGUGCCUGCCGCGAAGCCUUGCUGGGGAGACCGGACCCUCCGUACUUGACGGGAGACCUGGCCUACCGGAUCACGGUCCCGGCGGAGGCCAUGCUCGCCCACCCCUUACUCGCGGAUCUCGUCGCGGUCCCCAACAUCAACAUGUGGCUGGGCCCGGACAGUCACGUCGUCUGUUACCUUUUGAAAGGUGGCAACCUGUACAACAUCGUCAUCGCGUCCCCGGACAACCUCCCGGAGUUUGUCAGUCAACAAAAGGCGGACCUCGAAGAGAUGCACGCCUUGUUCGAGGACUGGGACCCCAAACUCAGGGCCCUUUUGGAUUUGUGUAAAGGGACGGCCAAGUGGAGGCUACAAAACUCCAGGGAGAUGAGGACGUGGUCACACCCUUCCGGUCGCUUCACGUUACUCGGUGACGCUUGUCACGCGACUUUGCCGUAUCUCGCUCAAGGGGCGGCCCAAGCCGUCGAGGACGCCGCGGUUUUGGCCAGUUUGUUCGAAAAGAUCCAACACAAGUACCAAUUGGCCGAUCUUCUGACCAUGUACGAGGCGGUCAGGAAACCCCGGGCGAGUCAUGUGGUGAAGAAGAGUUCCGAAACUGGUCAGACAAUCUAUCACUUGCACGACGGCCCCAGACAGAAAGAAAGAGAUCGUCAACUUUUGGCGGGUCAAGAAAACCCCUAUGAAGGUUACCAGAAUCGAUGGCGGGACCCCGUGUUUCAAAAGUUCUUGUUCAGUUACGACGCAUUUGAAGAGGCAGAAAAGGCAUGGGAGACUUACCGUAAAGGUCAAUUCCCCGGGACGGCGGGAGAUUUUGCCAGGGAAGAUCCGGAAGGGGAAGGUGUCAGAAAGGCAGGUAUACAAGAGGUCCGGGAGUUGAGAAAGGUGGAGGACAGGGAGAGAGGAAUGAUCGGGGUCGCCGGAGACGCGAGGUUGUGAUGAGAAGACUUUGUCCAUUUUGUUUUUUUUGCUGGUCUAUUGAGGUACGGACUAUGUGUGUUUACGGGAGUACGGAUGUGUUGUCUACAUCUGAGAUACAGGGUUCAGUCAUGUUCAGUCAUGUUUUACGUCCAGAACCAUUUUG